GUAGGAACAUAAAUAUUUGGCGGGUAUGUAAAACAAACACACAAUGUUAGACUUUUUUAAUAGUAGUACACACCUUUUUUUAAAAUUCACAAAAUUUCUUAAAACCACUUAACUCAGUGACCGUACAAUCUUUAAGUGAGAACAAAAAAAAUUUAAAUUCUUCCUCGACACUUAAUAGUGCUACUGUCUCACUCUGAUCGACUUCUUUGCCGAUUUUUCUAGAAACUUCUGUUUUUUUCUUUGAUUCUUUUUGGAUUAGUUUCUUGUUAACUGUACAGAACUUUAUCUUAAAUGGAUUUGUACGGUCGGAGCCGAGCCAGAAACGGGUCGCAGUCGGGUCAGCAGCCGGAAUGGAGUGCUGCUGGUGGCGAAACGGGUCUCGAAGAAUCGAUGUGGCGAUUGGGGCUUGAUAAUAGCGGCGGUGGUGGUGGUGAAUCUUAUCCGGAGCGGUCCGGGGUGCCGGAUUGCGUGUACUAUAUGAGGACUGGGUUUUGUGGAUAUGGUAGUAGGUGUCGUUAUAAUCAUCCUCGUAAUCGUGCUGCUGUUGAGGCAGCUGUAAGAGCUACUGGGGAGUACCCAGAAAGAAUGGGGGAACCCCCUUGUCAGUUUUAUUUGAAGACUGGAACCUGUAAAUUUGGCGCAUCUUGCAAGUUCCACCAUCCGAAACAUGGAGGUGGAUCCUUGAGCCAUGUUCCACUAAAUACACAUGGAUACCCUUUACGACCGGGUGAGAACGAGUGCUCCUACUAUUUGAAAACGGGGCAGUGCAAAUUUGGUAUAACUUGUAAAUUCCAUCAUCCUCAACCAACUGGCUUAUCAAUGCCAGAAUCUGCACCCCAGUUUUAUCAGCCGGUGCAGUCACCUUCAAUUUCUAUAUCUGACCAAUAUGGGGGGGCAUCUGCCAGCUUGAGGGUGAGGCCUCCUUUGGUACCUGGUUCAUUUAUGCAAGGGGCUUAUGGUCCUGUGCUGUUUUCUCCUGGAGUGGUUCCUAUUCAGGGUUGGAGUCCUUACUCGGCACCUGUGAGUCCUGUUCUCUCUCCUAGUGCACAGGCUGCAGUUGGAGCAACUUCUAUAUAUGGUGUAACACAACUAUCUUCUUCAACGGCUGCACUUGCAGGACCAUACCCCUCACUCUCUUCUGCUCUUAUCCCUUUAAGUGGUACUCAGAAGGAACAAACUUUCCCAGAGAGACCCGGCGAACCUGAAUGUCAGUAUUACUUAAGGACCAGGGACUGUAAAUUUGGAUCUUCUUGUAGAUAUCAUCAUCCUCAGGACCGGGUUGUGCCAAGAACAAAUUGUGUCCUCAGCCCACUUGGUCUUCCUUUACGUCCAGGAGUGCAACAUUGUGCCUUUUACUUGCGAAAUGGGCACUGCAAGUUUGGGUCCACAUGCAAAUUUGAUCAUCCAGUAGGGACAAUGAGAUAUAGUCCUUCGGCGUCAUCUCUUAUUGAUAUGCCUGUUGCUCCAUAUCCAGUAGGGUCCUUGCUGGGGACUUUGGCCCCUUCAUCAUCUUCCUCUGAAUUGAUUGGAACCAACAAUAUGGAUCCGUAUUUGAGCAGAAUUUCAUCAUCUGGAAACACAUCAAGCAGUUCAGUUGGAUUGAUUUUCUCCCAAACCGGGUCAGUUCCACUUUCCGAGUUGCAAAUUUCAGGUCAGAGUUCUGUUCCUUUAGCCAGUAGUAGGAGCACAAGACAGGGUGGUGAGGUUCGUCGUUCAAUUUGAUGAACCUGGAAGUCAUCAUCACUAUCUAGUGCACGUGAUCAUCAAAAUUCAUACGGCUUUCGGUAUAUAGAGCUUAGUAAAUUAUAGUCUGUCUAGAAGUUUCUUCACUCGUAGUAAUGUUUAUUAUCGAGUCUGGUUUUAGGUCAUACUAGGAGGAUUUAAGAUUACUUUCAUAUCAUAUCUCUAAAGUUAUCAAUAAGCUUCAAUAGCAUCACCAUAAGUACUACUCCGCAAAAUUUCUAAAUAAUUUCAGCUUAUCAGGCUAGCCUACUAGUAAGUAGCACGGGUACUUCAUUCAAUCAAUGUUUCCCGUUUCGGAAACAUGUCUGAAACUUGACGUUUUGGACAUGGAACUUCAUUUGUAACAUAGGAAACCUUAAAUAUUCCCCAUAUCCGUGUCCAAGUGUUUUUUCCCCAUAUCUGUGUCCGUGCUACAUAGCCUACAGGCUACAACCUUCUCUUCAUUUAAUUCUGAUCAUUUUUGGGAUGAAAAAAUUGUGAAUUCUCGUAGCUUUCCUUCUCUAAAGUUAUUGAUUUUGCCCCGGUUUUUGAGGGUGUUGAUGGAGAAUGUUUAAAGUACCGCAAGUAGGUUAUGUCAGUGAAGGCCGUAUUGCAACUUCAAGGGUGUCAUCAUCAAUGAAGCUCUUCAUGUUUAAUAGAAAGGAAAAGAUGUUCUUUCAGUGUAAAAUCUGUAAUUUUUGUGUUCUUGCAUUUCUUAUGUACGUGACAGUGGAACGUGCCCAUUGUUAAUCUUAAUUGUGGCAGAAGAUUGUUUGA